AUGAAUAACAACUCUUUAAUAUUGGAAUACCACUUAUAUGAUACUAUUUAGUUGCUUAAAAACAAUAAAUACAAAAAAUUUAUCAAAUAAAGCAGAAAAUUAGUUUGUAAUCCUUAUUUGGUCAAUGAUACAUUUUUCAUUCAAUUAAAUAUCUAACUAAUAAGGAGAUUACUGCACUGUUAAUUAAAAGUCGUAUAGAAAUACUUCGUGAAUUUCAGCUCGAAACAAUAAACCAUUUUAGAUGUCUUAAUAAAUUGCAUGGAAUUAUGUUAAAAUUAUCAAAUUUUGAUUAAUAAAUAUGAGACUUCUUUUGAUGAUAAAGAGAUCCAGGAAAAGCAGAUAUCAAGAAAACUGAAGUUUUUGAAUGAGCCAAAUAAAUUAACAUUAAAAUAAUUUGCAAAUCAAUAUGAUAAACUAGAACCAGACAACAAAUCAGCAAUUUGGAUAAAAUAUUAAUGGUAAUAACUCUUUUGUUAUUUUUAAAAGACCCUACUUUUUAACUAUCAAUAUUGCAAAAUGUCUAUGUUAAAAGAAGCAUCUCUCUUUUUGUUCAAGCUCUAUAAAUUAAAGCCCAUCUCUACAUACUAAUCAUAGUUUUUAUAUUUCCAAGCUCUAACCUUAAAGAAUACAGCCUAAUUUGAGUUAUCAAACACAACAAAUAAUGAAGUAUUAGACCUCGGAUUCUCAAUGCUAUUAAACUCACUUCGAGAGUACCAUAAGCCAAAAUCAAAUUUGUUAACCUUUUAAAAGCAGUUGGUACAAAUAACAACUACAUUAUUGAUUAAUUUAGAUAUAUAGAGUAAAUCUUAAGAAAUAAAUGAUAAUCAUUUAGAUUGCAUAUAAUCUCUGAAUUUGGCUAACUUUUUGGCCUCUCAAAUUUUGAAACCUUUGAAAAAGAAGACUGAUUUAGUUGAAUAUAUUGCUUCAGAAUUUGAAUUUGCAAAUGAAAAAUUUGAAUAAAUUUUAUUGGAAGAUUAAGAUCUAACCAAAUUUACUUAAUUCCUUUAUGGUUAUAAUGCUAAUUAUAAAUAAAGUUCUAAAAAUAGUGGUAAUGUGAAAUUACAAGAAAUGAUUAAAAUUAAACUAUAAUAACAUAAAAGUACAUAAUUUUAAAAAGGAUUUCAAACAGUUAAUAGUAAUUAAUGCAUUUAUGCUUCAAACAGUCAGGAUAAAUUGACAAUGUAAGAUUACUUACCAAUAAAAAUGAAAUCUUAUCAUCAUAAGGACUCAACAGCAUUUUCAAAUCCAUAUUCUUAAACAUCAAUAAAUCAUACUAUUUAAGUUAAUAAUCUAAUUAGGGAAUCCCCAUCAACACAACGGGAUAGGAGAAAUUAAAAUGGACAUCCAGGUAGCUUUUUAAGUUUAAAUAAUUUUUCAUCAGUUAAGCUAAAUUAAGAAAAGCCAAAAAAACGUCAAGUUUCAGUAAAAUGUAAAAGGGCCAACACUAAUUCAGAUCAUAAGAAUAGUUAUCUGAGUUAGUUGAUUAAUUUAAGAUAGAAAUCCAGUCUAACAAUAAGAGAUGAAAUUAGUGAAUUAGAAAAAAAUCAUUAGAAAUUAGUAAAUAAAUUGAACAAUUAAUAAAAAUCAACUAAAGUAUCUACAAUAGAUGAAUUCUUCAAUAAAAAAAUAGAAGCAAUAGCAUUUGAAGAGUGUUUGACUUUAGAUCAAAUAAAAGAUACCGCCAAAAAGAUCAUCUAAACUGAAUGGGAAAUUCAUAAGGAAAUGCCAGUAACUAAAAGUUUGAUGAAAUCGAUAUCAGUAUCUGAAAUCUAAGUGGAAUAGUAAUAGGCUGCAUAUAAUAAAUUAUAAGAAUAUAGAGAGAUGCAAAAUUAGGAUUAUUACAACACAAUGAAGGAUAAGGCUUAGGAUUAAAUGGAUUAAACAAAGGAAGUUAAGAAACUCAAAAUAAAUUAAUAAAGAUUUACUAUGAAACAUAAAAAGAGUUAAUAAAGUUUAUUUAAUUCUUAAUAGAUAAAAUCUUUAGUCAUAAAUGAUACUAAGAUUUAAGAACAAUUUAAUUAGUAGCUCAUUUAAUAAUAAAAUUCAGCAGAAUAGAGGAUAGAAAUUAAAGUAUCACCCAGAUUAGCAAGGAAAAAUAAUUCAAUGUUGUAUAAUUCAAAUUUAGACUCAGAAAAUCAAGAAAAAGGGUUUUCUUUAGUGAAAGGAUAGCUGAUAGAUUUAAUGUUAAAAAAUCUUGAGUAUAGGGAUGAAUUAAAUACUUAAGAGAGAGAUUUGAAAUAAUUUGUAUUGCCUAGACAAUUCAGAACCAAAGCUAUAUCUCCACAAGGAGGUGAACUUUCACUAAAAUCGCAGAAUAUGAGUGAUUUCAAGUCGUUUGCAUAUAGUACGAAUUCAACGUAGAUUACAUCCCAAAAUAUGGAGAAUAGAUUGCAUAAGACAUUUGCAAAUCAAAAAUAAUGA